AGUACUUAAAACACACACUACAAGUCCCAACUGUUUGCUUUCUAUCUUCAUCUUCACUUGACUUGAGAUUACUUCACAUGGGACUUCCCUAACAGUGUAGGAAAUGCGUCUUGAAGCGUUAUUUGGAUGAUUGAGAUAUUUUUAUUCUAAAUCGAAGAAGAAGAAGACAUCGAUCAAUGGAGAAAUUGGGUCUACCAUUACCAUAUGAUAUGGAAUGCAUGAAGAUGGCCAUGUUAAAGCAUGAAGAAACGUUCAAACAGCAGGUAUAUGAGCUUCAUAGGCUAUAUCAAAUCCAAAGGCUGCUGAUGAAGAACAUGCAAAGAAGCAUGCAGAAUCAAGAAACAUGGAGCUUGAAAAAUGGAAGCAUAAGCUUCGAUUAUCAAAACGAUUACAAUUUCAACAUCAACAAGCUUCAAAACCAAGAUUUGGAACAUGAACCAGCAAGUACUAACGAGUAUGAGAUUGAAGACGAGAGUGAAAUCGAGCUCACGUUGGGCCCCACACGUAGGAGGAACAAUCACAAUCCGAGACAAUUAAAUAUUUCAGAUUCCAUGCCAAGUUUUUCAUCAUCUUCAACAAGUUCCAGUCAUAGAAGCAGAAUUACAGUAGAAAAUUCAAGAGUUUUGAGCGUAGAAAAACAACCGAGACAAGUUGAUAGAUCACUCAACCAGCCUCCAUGGCUCCAUCGUGUUUUGAUUUGAUCAAGAAAUGAUUGUGGGCUUUAAUUAUUACUUUAUAAGAAAAAAGAAAAAAAAAAUAGUGCA